ACGUGUUAGCAAUGAAAAGCUGCUGCUGUUCUGCAACAUAGUUGCCUUGUUCACCUCGUAUUCCCUACCUGGGUCUACCCGAGCAAGCCCGAAGUAUGGAGAAAUACGAAGACCUCUUCAUUAUAGGGCAGGGGCAGUAUGGGACAGCGUACCGAGCACGCGACAAGCACGAUGGGCACCUCUACUGUAUUAAGCGAAUCCCUAUGUCUGCAAAGGAUGACCAUGCAGGGGCGCUUCGCGAGGUGCAACUCCUUGACUCGCUUGACCAUCCCAACAUCAUUCGCUAUCGGGAGAGCUUCGUGGACAAGGAUGGCGCACUAUGCAUUGUCACCUCUUUCUGCGAGGAGGGCGAUUUGUUCACUCGUAUCAGGAAGAAGGCGUCGCAUAAGGAGUACUUUUCAGAAGAAGAGGUUAUGAACAUGUUCGUUCAGAUUGCGUCGGCCAUCAGCUAUAUCCACUCCAAGCGCAUCUUGCAUAGAGACCUGAAAACCCAAAACAUCUUCAUCGCACGCGGUGGCAUUAUUAAGCUGGGCGACUUUGGGAUCUCCAAGGUGCUUGAGCGGACCGACUCGUUCGCAACGACUGUGACGGGCACACCGUACUACAUGGCACCCGAAAUCUGCACAAACCAGCCAUACACCUACAAGAGUGACAUCUGGUCGCUGGGCUGCGUGUUGUACGAACUCUGCACCCUCAAGCACGCCUUCGCAGCGGAUAGCCUGCUGUCGCUGGUGUAUCAGAUUGUGCGCGGCAACUUCCCGCCCAUUCCGACUGACCAGUUCACUCCUGGACUCAGCGAUCUCGUGAACCGCCUUCUGGCUCGGGACGCCAACACGCGCCCCUCCCUGGGAGAGGUGUUCAAGCUGCCGUACGUGCAGCGGCACCUGGACCGCUUCAAGUCGGAGGAGCAGCGGCGCAACCUGAAGCAGUCGGUCAGCAUGUCGCGCAGGAGGCAGCUGCUGGAGGCGGUGCCGGGAUCCGCCGAGAGCGACGCAGCCCUGACGCCCAAGCAGCGGCUCGAACGGAAGAAGGCGCUGGAUCGCGAGCGUCGGGAGCUGGAGAUGCGGGUGGCGGCCAUCUCGGCCAACAAGAACCGUGAGCAGGCCGCAGCACGCAAGAAGGAGAUGAUCUACGGCUCCAACGUGGCCCUGCCGGGCGCCAAGCAGCCGCAGGCGCCGCAGCAGCAACAGCAGCACUACGCGGGCGGGUUCGAGGACGACGAUCUACCCAACAUGGGCACCAUGCGGCUGGGUGAGGAGACGACCACGACGCGAGGGCCGCCCACACGGCCGGGCAGCAAGGGCAUCUGGGAUGUGGACGAGCCGGGGCCGGGCCCGGGUGCGACGGUUAACCCCUACGCGGCGACCCUGCCCUCGCAGGCGCGGUUGCAGCAGCAGGCGCAGCAGCAGGCUGGUGCAGCGCAGCGGCCGUACAUGCCGCAGGGCACCGCGCGGGGGAGUCCACCAGUGGGCGGCCCGGGCCAGCCGAGCGUCUCCUACGGUGCCACGCAGCGGGCGGGGGGCGCCCUGUCGGGCAGCCGCGGCGGACGGGGCGGCAUGUGGGACGGGGACGACGACGUGCUGACCGGGACGGUUCGCUCGGGAACAGCGCGGAUGGGGACCAUGCAGACUGGCCUGCAAGCCACUGCCAGCGCCAUGGAGCAUGGUGGCGGCGGGGCGGGGGUGGGCCAGUACAACAACUGGGACCGGACCGCCCUGUCAGGGCUGCACGACGACAUGCCCAACAUGGGCACCGUGCAGAUGACCCACGGGCCCGGGCAGCUAGCGAUGCCGGGACCGGGCGCACGCGGCUUGGACUGCACAGCCGCCAAUCGCACCACCGCCUCGGACAGCCCCCUCAUGGGCUCGGUGAACCUAGGGAACAGCCGUACGCUCCGAUCCGGGAGCGCGGCAACGGCUGGUGGUGCGCUGGGUGCCAGCGCGGGCCGUAUUGGCAGCGCAGGCGGCGACCAGCCCGGCUCGCCAUACAAUGCUGGCGCAGGCGGGGCUUCGCCGUACCGCCCCGGCAGCAGCGUUGGUGGCGCUCCGUACCGCGGCAACGGCAGCGUGUCUUCGUCUCCUGACUCGCAGCGGUUUGUCGCACCUCCCGCGGCGCAAUACGGCGCCCAGGCUGGCGGGAGAUUGGGGUCCGCAGGGGCUGCUGUAUCUUCACCGCCGCAGCAGAAGCAGCUGCCACUGCAGCAGCCGUUGAGGUCCCAUGUGGGGUCUCCGGGCUACCCGCAUGAGGACGAUGAGGAGGACGGGGGCUACAGCGACGACUUUGAGGACGAUGAUGAGGAUGAGGGAGUGGCGCAGCAGCGCUGCCGGAUCAUCCAGAACGUUGAGGACAUGGCCUCCCGCGCCUACGACGGUCGCGACAGCAUCGCUGCCGUACAGGAGCGCGUCAUGCAGACGGGCGCGCUGUCCGACAAGGCGCGCGCCAUCCGGCAGGGCUGCCAGGCGCAGCUGGGGCCCAAGUUCGGGCCGGUGUACGACUACCUUAGCCGCGUGCGCCGCCUGGAGCCGCCGCCGGAGGAGAAGGAGGUGCAGCGGCGGCUGCUUGAGAUCGUGGGCGACAAGGGGCUGAUGCAGGGCUGCUUCACGGUGGACCAGCUGGUGUUCACAGAGCAGAUGUACUCGUGAGGCCGCCCCUGGUCCGCGACCCCGUGGUCCGUGGCCAGGGGGCCCCUGGUCCUGGUUCGGUUUGGAAGGGUGGUUAGCGGUGUGGGUGGUGUGCAGUGGCCGGGGUGGGUGUUGCCCUGGUAAUGUAACAUGCGUGGACUUGGCAAUUGGCACUCAUCGUGUGGCUAGGUUUGGAGCUUUGGGUAUACCGGUACUGCGUCAGCUUUAGCUGUGGUUGUAGAGCAGUGUGUCAGUGUGUCAUACAAGCGUGCACGUACCUGCCGGAAGGCUUGAUCUUGCUGUGAGGACCUGUGGCGUGAAUUGCCGCCGUCUGCAGCGAAAUGCUUGCGAUCGCAGGACCUCUUAGGUGCAGGGGCAUGCCUUGCGGCGCUAAUAGAAUACCGGUACUUUCUGUGAGCAUAGGUACAUGCGUGGGCGAAUAUUCGUAUUGCACACACUUUGCUACUGUGUAGCCUUGCCGUGACCGUUCUUGUAGUGGAAUUAGGGACCUCCUAUUAUCAGAGGUUGAAGGCAGUGAUGGCGGCGGAUAUGAAGGAAGCAUUGCCUGCUGAUACAUAAUCUGCGCUGUGAAUACUGCACUAGACUCUUGCACACAUGUAGGCGACGUUACAUGUCCUAUUGGGCACCGUGACCUCUAUACAGCCGUUGUGGCUGUCUUUCCUGGAGAGUGUUAGGAUGGUGUCCCAGGCUUGCCUUUGUUGCAUUGGUUUGGUGUAGCACACCCCUCCUGUCCCUAGUAAGUGGAUCGGGUGCAACUGUUUCACUGUUAAUGACCUCUCCGAAAUGGAAUACCACCUCUUAAAUGUGCCAGCGACACCAUGCACAGGCGUUGCCGUACCAACAACAACCACCGUAACAUCUCUAAACCCUUCUACUCGUCUCGCACCUC